UGUAUCUCCAACAUGGCGUCGCUGGGAAGGAGGCGCGGUGUCCCAGUGAGCAGGGAGAGGGGAGUGAUGGCGGCGACAGACUGCUACAUUGUGCACGAGAUCUACAAUGGGGAGAAUGUGCAGGACCAGUUUGAGUACGAGUUGGAGCAGGCACUGGAGGCCCAGUAUAAAUACAUUGUCAUUGAGCCCACGCGCAUCGGAGAUGAGACGGCCCGGUGGAUUAGCGUGGGCAACUGCCUGCACAAGACGGCCGUGUUGUCCGGUACCGCUUGCCUCCUGACGCCCCUUUCACUUCCCAUUGAGUACUCGCGUUAUGUGGCGCUGCCCGCUGGCGCCUUCAGCUUGGCCUGUGCUGCCCUCUACGGGAUUUCAUGGCAAUUUGACCCCUGCUGCAAGUACCAGGUGGAGUACGACAGCCAAAAACUCUCGCGGCUGCCCCUGCAUACACUCACCUCCUCGACGCCCGUUGUAUUGGUACGCAGGGAUGACGUCCACAGAAAGAGACUCCAUAACACGAUAGCACUGGCUGCCCUGGCAUAUUGCGCCAAGAAGAUCUACGAACUCUAUGCGGUAUGAGUGCACUCUGAAGAGGGUUUAAGAACCAACAGAAAAAUAAAGGAAAAACCAAACAAAAAAACAGAGCCUAUCCCCCCCAGAUGUAAGAAAAGUGGAAGUCCCGAUCAGGCCCAGCAGUUAGCCCCACACGUGGUGGGUGCUUCCAUUUUGAACUUUGAUCAGAGGGAUAUAGUUAAAACCAGAAGGAAUUGUUUUUUCCUUUACAUUUUCUUUACUUCUAUGUGACAACAACGGCACACUUAUAUCCGUAGUACCCUUGCGCGUCCUCCCCUGCGCCCUCCACCUGCAUCCUUGACACACAAGCAAGUGCUCAAGGGUACGACAGCAGCUCCUCUGGAUUGAAUUGUUCUGCAGUAACGGACCGACAUGUUUUGGGUAUCGAGCUCGCUCCCCUUUCCCUCGUAGUUUUACUGUUACCCCCCCCCCCCCUUCUUGCUGAUCAGUACAUCACCCUUUCAUUAAACGUUAGGAUAUUUCAAACUAACUUUUCUGUAUUUUAUUUGACUUUUUUUCAUUAAAUUCUACAUGAUGUUCAGAAACGA